AUUCAGAAGCUGGCUAGCCAAUACUUAAAGAAGGACUGGCUUGGAGUAAAAGCUGAUGAACGAAGUGAUUAUAGGAGCAUGUACUCAGUUUGGAAAUCACUUUUAGAAGGCACGAUGCAAGUGGCCCAAUCCCGACUCAAUAUCUGUGAGAACUAUAAAAACUUAAUUUCUGAACCAGCCAGGACUGUCCGAUGCUUUAAGGAACAGCAGUUGAAGAAGUGCGUGGACCAACUGACAAGGAUCCAAGCUGAAUUACAAGAGACAGUAAAAGAUUUAGCUAAAGGCAAAAAGAAAUAUUUUGAGACUGAACAGAUGGCUCAGGCCGUGCGGGAGAAAGCUGAUAUUGAGGCCAAGUCCAAACUUAGUCUUUUUCAGUCAAGAAUAAGCUUGCAGAAAGCAAGUGUAAAGUUAAAAGCACGACGAUCCGAGUGCAAUUCCAAGGCUAUCCACGCGAGGAAUGAUUAUCUUCUCACUUUAGCAGCUGCUAAUGCACACCAAGAUCGCUAUUAUCAAACUGACUUAGUAAACAUUAUGAAGGCUCUUGAUGGAAAUGUAUAUGACCACCUUAAGGAUUAUUUAAUGGCAUUCAGCAGGACUGAACUAGAGACAUGCCAAGCUGUACAAAACACAUUCCAGUUUUUACUGGAGACUUCCAGCAGGGUGGUGCGGGACUACAAUCUCCAGCUGUUUUUACAGGAGAACUCCGUGUUUCACAAACCGCAGCCUUUCCAGUUCCAGCCCAGCGACAGCGACACUAGUUUUCAUGCAGUUCAGCUGGUGGAUAUUGAGCCCUCGCCGGUCAGUGCUAUGAGAAUGACUAUAGCAGAGAGUCGGCAGCUGGAGUCGGAAACCGGCACGACUGAGGAGCACAGCCUGAACAAGGAGGCUCGCAAGUGGGCCACCCGCGUGGCCCGCGAGCACAAAACCAUCGUCCACAGCCAGCGGACACUUGAAGAGCUGGAAUGCCACGGGCCUGUGAUGUCUGAGCAGACCCGAGCAGAACUGGAGCAGAAAAUAGACGAAGCCAGAGAGAGUAUUCGUAAGGCUGAGAUAAUUAAGCUGAAGGCAGAAGCCCGUCUGGAUCUCCUGAAGCAGAUCGGCGUGUCUGUGGACACAUGGCUCAAAAGUGCCAUGAACCAAGUGAUGGAAGAGCUGGAGAACGAGCGCUGGGCCAGCCUGCCUUCGGUCACCAACAACGGCUCCUCACACCUGAUCAAUGCUGAUGCAGAAAAGGAAGAAGGUGAAGAGUUUGAAGACAGCAUGGAUGUUUUUGAUGACAGUAGCUCUAGUCCUUCUGGUACUCUAAGAAAUUAUCCCCUCACCUGUAAAGUUGUUUAUUCCUAUAAGGCUUCUCAGCCAGACGAACUGACCAUAGAGGAACAUGAAGUGUUGGAGGUGAUUGAGGACGGAGACAUGGAAGACUGGGUAAAGGCUCGGAACAAAGCCGGCCAGGUGGGCUACGUGCCGGAGAAGUACCUGCAGUUCCCAACCUCCAGCAGCCUGCUGAGCAUGCUGCAGUCCCUGGCGGCGCUGGACACUCGAUCUCACACCUCCAACAACUCCACUGAGGCCGACCUGGUCUCGGGCAGCCUGAAUGGAGACUCCAGUGUCUGUUUUGUAAAAGCACUUUAUGACUACGAGGGGCAGACAGAUGACGAGCUGUCCUUCCCGGAGGGAGCGAUCAUCCGCAUCCUGAACAAGGAAAAUCAAGAUGAUGAUGGCUUCUGGGAAGGAGAAUUCAACGGGCGCGUUGGGGUGUUCCCAUCCGUGCUGGUUGAAGAGCUCACAGCCUCAGAAAAUGGAGAGACACAGUGGAUUGGAGAUAUUCAGGUAUCCCCGACUCCGAAGCCUAACAACACCCUUCCACCACUGCCACUGUACGACCAGCCUCCCACCAGUCCCUACCACAGUCCAGAUAAAAGAGGUUCUCAGUACUUCCCCAGAUCACCGUCAGCUAAUGAAAACAGCUUCAGUUCAGAGUCCCCUGGAUUCUCACAGCCUCCACGGAUUCCUCCCGAAACCUCCUACGGCAAACUGCGACCCGUGCGAGCAGCUCCACCACCCCCUACACAGCAUCACCGCCGGGCGACAGAGAAGAUCGAGGACGUGGAAAUCACUCUGGUGUAACGGUGGACUCGUUAAGUAGUAGUGCUACAAUCAAGACCAAACACGGUAUUUGGUCAGUCUCGAUUUUAGGCACCUUUGCAUGAUGAAGACUUUGGAUAGAGCAAGAGCUAGGGAGGAUUUUAUGUGGCAGUGACGCGGUGGAUUCCUUCCCACAGUCGUGAAUAUUUUGUG